AUGGGCACCUUGAGCAUUUCUGAGUCAUAUCGACACAUCAACCACCUCAUGGCAGCUUUCAACCUCACCCCCUCUGACCCUUCAACAUUCAUCCUAAUGGGCAUCCCCGGCCUGGAGGCUUCUCAUCUCUGGAUUUCCAUCCCUUUCUCUAUGUUCUACAUUAUCAGCCUGUUGGGAAAUUUCAUGCUUCUGUCUGUUGUAGCCACCCUGGUGACAAUGGCCUUCGAUCGCUACGUUGCAAUAUGUAACCCUCUGAUAUACGCCACCAUCCUCAGCAACGCACGAAUAGCUAAGCUCGGGCUUGUAGGUUUGAUAAGAGCCAUUCUCUUCAUUCUGCCCCUACCCCUGUUCAUGAGUCAGCAGCUAUUCUGUGCCAACCGCAUUAUCCCCCAUACGCAAUGUAAGUACACAGCUGUGUUCAAGAUGGCGUGUGGUGACAUUACAGUCAGAAGGAUAUAUGGCUUGGUGCUAACGUUUGUAAUCAAUGGGUUUGACUUGACGCUCAUUGCCCUGUCCUACGGUCUGAUCAUCAGGGCCGUUCUCAGAAUCUCCUCUAAGAAUGCCCACCAGAAAGCUCUCAACACCUGCACAACCCACAUCUGUGUGAUGCUGACAUAUUAUACCCCUGGGCUCUUCUCCAAUCUCACAUACCGGCUUGGUCAGGGCAUCGCUCCCCAUGUUCACAUCAUCUUGGCUAACCUCUAUCUCCUCAUCCCUCCCAUGCUCAACCCUAUCAUUUAUGGGAUCAGAACCAAAGAGCUUCAUGACAAAGUAGGCAAAUACACCUGCUGCAGAAGGUGA